AUGGAGCCAACCGCCGUGUCAGCGGCCGACGCCCGCACCAAGAUCGCGUACAAGAACCGGUGGCACACCGUGUUCAGCAACCCCAAGAUCGUGGUGAUCGCGCUCUUCGCGUCCUUCGGCGGCUUCGAGUAUGGCUACCAGCAGGGCGUGCUGGGCCAGUCGCUGGUCAUGCACCGCUUCAAGGACAACUUCCCGUCCGUGGUCGACUCGUCGAGCGCCACGGGCUGGCUGACGUCGAUCCUCCAGGUCGGCGGCAUCAUCGGGUCCGUGUCGGCCGGCGUGCUGGGCGAGGUCUUCUCGCGCAAGUACACCAUGUUCAUGGCCUGCCUGUGGGUCAUCCUCGGGAGCUACCUGUACUGUGGCGCGUCGUACCACAACCCUGCGAUGCUUUAUGCUGGGAGGUUCUUUACUGGUAUAGGGGUCGGCACGUUCAGUGGUGUUGGGCCUCUGUACAACGCCGAGCUGUCUUCUCCCGAGCUACGUGGAUUCCUGGUGUCCUUCUACCAAUUUGCUACCAUCUUCGGAAUCAUGUUAUCCUUCUGGAUCGGCUACGCGAGCAACAACAUCGGCGGCCAGGGCGACACGCAGUCCAACCUGGCCUGGCAGCUGCCCACCAUAAUCCAGGGGAUACCAGCCGUGUGCCUCGCGCUGGGCAUAUGGUGGCUGCCCUUCUCCCCGCGCUGGCUGAUCAAGCAGGACCGCGACGACGAGGCCAUCUCCACCCUGGCGUACCUGCGCAGCCUCCCCGCCGACAACGAGCUCAUCCAGGUCGAGUACCGCGAGAUCAAGGCCGAGUGCCUGUUCGAGGAGCGCCACUUUGCCAAGUCGUUCCCCACGCUCGCCGCCAAGGAGAAGAAGAGCGUCUGGACGAGGCAGCUGGCCGAGUACUACAACAUCGUGAGGUCGUGGGACAACGCCAAGCGUGUCGCGACGGCGUGGCUCGUCAUGUUCUUCCAGCAGUGGAGCGGAAUCGACGCCAUCAUCUACUACGCCUCCAACGUCUUCCUCAGCCUGGGCAUGUCGAGCACGACGCAGGCGCUCCUCGCCACGGGCGUCACGGGCGUCGUCUUCAUGGUGUCCACCAUCCCCGCCAUGCUGCUCAUCGACCGCGUCGGGCGAAAGCCGAUGCUGCUGUUCGGGUCGGCCCUCAUGUGGGCGUCGAUGGUCAUCGCGGGAAUUAUCGUCAGCCAGUUCCAGGACGACUGGACGCACCACGCCGACGCCGGCUGGGUCGCCGUCGCGUUCAUCUGGGUCUACAUCUUCGCCUUCGGCUUCACCUGGGGCCCCGUCAGCUGGACCCUCGUGUCCGAGAUCUUCCCGCUGUCGAUCCGCGCCAAGGGCGCGUCGUUUGGCGCGUCGUCGAACUGGGUUAACAACUUUGCUGUCGCCUUCUUCACGCCGCCCAUGCUCGAGGCCUGGGAGUGGGGCACGUACAUCUUCUUCGCCGUCUUCCUCGCCAUCGGAAUCGUGUGGGUCUGGUUCUUCAUCCCCGAGACCAAGGGCGCCACGCUCGAGGAGAUGGACCGCGUGUUCAAGAGCCACUCAGGCGAGGAGGACGCCCGGCUGCUCGCUGAGGCGAGGAGGGACGUCGGGUUGACUCCUGAGCUGGAGGUGACGGCUGAGAAGGCUGUCUUGACGGAGAAGGAUCAGGCUGCUCCUUCACACAUGGAAGAGGCGGGGUCCCAGUAG